UCUUGGCGACGCUGCUUGUCAGAGGCCAAAAGCCAGAUAAGCGUAGAGCUCCGGCGACAAUUCACCCAGAAGACGCGUGCGACGAGGAAGGACGAAGCCAUGCAAGCAGGUUGUUGUAAAGCGCUGGGAGUCUUCCUUGCCCUCCAGUUCCUUUCUUCAGCUGCCAGCUCUCCGCUGGAUUGCCCGGAUGUUCCCGUCAUCUCUAACGGAAGCUACUUCGUCCUGCGGGACAGCAGCACGGGCGAAGGACCGAUAGUGCGCUAUGCGUGCGAAGAAGGCUUCUUUCUGGAGGGCGAUCAAGACCUGACCUGCGUUCUCAGGAACGGAUCCUUCCAAUGGAUACCCGAUCCUCCGAUGUGCCAAGAGGAGCUGGACUGCCCAAACCUGGGGACGCUGAAGCACGGCUACAUCGAACACGACGGCUGUUGCGCUCCCGGCGACGUGGUGGAGUUCUUCUGUGACGAAGACUUCGAGCUGGAGGGCGCCGCUAGUGCCACCUGCCAGUACAACGGGUUCUGGAGUGAGCCGAAGCCCACCUGCAGGAGCAUCUUCUGUCCGGAUCCUGGGGUGUCUGCAAAAGGCAACAAGCUGGCAGUUCUGGCGAACGAAGUCUACGAGGGCCGCUGCUGUCCUCGGGAAACACUGAUGCUCUUCGAAUGCCAUGAGGGCUACGAUUUGAUUGGAGAGCAAAUCUUAAGGUGCGGCGCCGACUCCCUCUGGUCAUCGCCGCGACCACUGUGCAAACCGGCCAUUGCCUGCGAGGGAUUCCUAGUGGACCACGGUACAGUGUCUGGAGCCAAAUCGGAAGGGGACUACUACGGCCUGGGGGACGACGUGUUCGUUUCUUGCGACGACGGCUACCGAGUCGAGGGCUCUGACAUCCUGUUCUGCGAGGAAAAUGGUGAAUGGGACGCAGACCCCCCACAGUGCGUCGCGUACAACUGCACCCGGCGUGACUUUGGACCUCACGUAGUUGUACCGGAAUUCCGAGCUACGAAUGCCACGUCUUUCUCCGUGGGGACUACGGUGUACUUCAAGUGCGAGGAGGGCUACGUGUUGGACGGUCCUUCGAGCACCACCUGCAAGAGCGGAGGCUGGUUCGGCCGCCCGCCCAAAUGCCACUUGAUUCAAUGCGGUGCGCUGGUGGCCCCCGACAACGGCUGGAUGACGGGCAGCUCCACCGCGGUGGGAUCGACGGUGUCCUUCCACUGCUUCCAAGGCUACCGCCUACUAGGUUCUCCGGAGCGCCAGUGCUUCAGCGACGGUCAGUGGGGAGGCGACGUGGCCCGCUGCGUUUCGGAGGCAUCGAUUAGCGAGAAAAGCUUCUGCCUCGAUCCAGGGGCUCCUGACAACGGCAUCAAGCUGGAAAACAACUACAAAGUAGGAAACAACGUGAGCUUCGCUUGCAGACCGGGAUUUCAACUCCGCGGAGAACAAAGCAUCAGGUGCAACUAUGACGGAAAGUGGUCCGCGCCACCGCCGCUUUGCAUAGGCAGGUUCUACUUCGACAAGCCUCGGAGCGUUGAGGAAAGCUUGAGGAACCAGCUGACGCGCCUUGCCGAGGAAUCCGCCAAGUUGAACAAGAACGACGAACAGCUGGAGAGAUCGAUCAACGUGAACGAGCGAGGUGUUCGUCACAUCGUGUACUUCGCAUUUGACGCCUCUGCGAGCAUUGGGCUCAACAACCUCAAGACUGGAAUUGGACUGGCAAAGGCGAUCACCAGAAAGAUUAACGUCACUGAUGAUGGACACCGCGUGGGCGCCGUUCGGUUCAACAACACGGCGAAGCUCAUGCUCAGCCCAAUGAAUGUCAAAUCUACGGACGCUGCUCUGCUCGCAUUGGACGCCGUGGCAACGGAGAAGACAGCCGGCGGUACGGCGAUCAGAGAGGCCGUCAAGGCCAUAACGACUAGCUUGGAGAUCGUGGACCGUCAUUUGAAAAAGGACGGAUUUAAACUCAAGUUCAGCAUCUUUUUUAUCACUGACGGCAAGGCAAACUUGGGUGGCAGUCCUGCCAAAGAUGUCGAGAAUCUUCGGAAACGUCACUAUGCAGAUAUUUACUGCAUUGGACUCACCGGUAGCCCUGAUCACAGUGCGCUCAAACAACUUGCGACGGAUACGGAUCAUGUGUUCAUCUUGCGAAAUUACGCUGUAAUGCAGUGGUUGGCUGACCACUUAACCAACGGCACCACAGACUAUUCGGUGUGUGGCCGGAGCAGCAAGCACACGGCCGAGACAGGACUGGAGAUCCCAGAUGAUAGCCCUCAGGCCCGCAUCUACGGAGGUGAACAGGCCGUUGACUCCUGGCCCUGGAUGGUCGAGAUGCGAGCAGCCGCCGACGAAGAGUUCUUUUGUGGUGCGACCAUCAUCUCUUCUCAAUGGCUUCUAACGGCUGCCCAUUGCCUCUUCGUGCGCCAAGGCGACGGCUAUCGCAAGAAGAGCGUGAACGAGUUUAAACUUCGUCUCGGACUCACGGAUAGAAAGAAUACGAGCCAUGAACAAGAAGUAUUCGUUGAAGAAAUUAUUCGACACGACGGCUACAUUGAAGCAACUAAGCAGAAUGACAUAGCGCUUUUGCGCCUGAACCAGACUAUCACUUUCAACGAGUUUGCGAGACCAAUUUGUUUGCCUCCAUCUUACGACCGCCUGUCGCAGCGGCUGCCCUUCUACAUUGUGAACCAGACCGCUUUUGUGAUUGGCUGGGGCAUUGAGCAGCAAAAAAGGCCAGUUUUUCGGCUGAAACAACUCAAGUUACGCAUUCAGACGCAGGAAACUUGCCGGAAGGCGUUUGAAAACUCUACAUACGACGACUUCAUGAUGUGCGCAAAGUAUGCUGAAGCCAGGGGAGACGCCUGCAAAGGAGACAGUGGGGGCCCCCUCAUGCAGGGCGUCGUCGACGAUGAGACCGUGUGGACCCAAGUGGGAGUCGUCAGUUGGGGCGACCCCAAGUGCAGCGAAGGGAAACCAGGCGUCUACACUAACGUGGCCAAAUACGUUCCCUGGAUCAAUGAAGUUAUGAGCAGAGCCCGCAAUGUCAGCGAUGCAGCUCAGCCGCCUCUGCCCAGCGCAGACGAUAAAAAGGCAUAGCUGCUUACAGCGUGCGUAACUUGUGAAACAAGCCGGAAGCAAUUAGCAAUGCCAAAAAACGAGCGCCAAAUCCGUGUCUUUUUUUUUUCGUUUAAAUUUACAUUUAUUUUUAAAAAAGAUUCAAUUGGGAUUUGUAAUAAAAGUACUCUGUUCAA